AUGGCAACUCCAUUCAAUGUACCGCUCUCCAUGGCCUCGUGCUCCAUCGGCCUCCCAAAGCACACCUUCCACCAAAGAUCGAAGCCCUCUCCCAACAAGGCUUCAAGGGCAUCGAGCUCGCCUUCCCCGACCUCGUCGCCUACGCGCGCCCACGCGAGCCAAGACGUGCGAGAAGACGACUACGACGCGCUCUGCGACGCGGGCCGCCAGCUCGGCCAGCUCGUGCGCGCGCACAAUCUCGAAAUCAUCGUGCUGCAGCCCUUUUCCAACUUUGAGGGAUGGCCCGCGGGGAGCCAGGAGAGGGAAGACGCGUUUACGCGCGCGCGGGGCUGGAUACGCAUCAUGGAGGCCGUCGGCACCGACAUGCUGCAGGUCGGGUCGUCGGACUCGGAAGGCAUCACGGCCGAUGGAGCGCGGCUGGCGGCGGAUCUCGGAGAGCUGGCGGAUCUGCUGCUCGAGAAGAACUUCCGGCUCGCGUACGAGAACUGGUGCUGGGCGACGCGGGCGCCGAGGUGGAAGGAUGUAUGGACCAUUGUGAAGCAGGCUGAUCGGCCUAAUAUUGGGCUCUGCCUCGACACGUUCCAGUCGGCUGCGACGGGGUUUCGGGGCUGGUUUAGCGUCGAGGUCUUUGAUGGCAAGUUUGAGAGCAAGUACGGUAAUGACUUGAACAAGUUUGCCAAGAAGGCUAGGGAGACACAUGAGAAACUUUUGCGAGACGUGGAUGAAAAGAGGGCUCUGACGGGGUUGGAAUGA